UGCAUUUGGUCUUCAUGUUUUUUCUUUGCUUUUGUCCGGACCUCUCUCAAUUCGAUCGGUUCUCGAACACCCCUAGCCCCUAGGUGUGUAUGUUAAAUUUCAAAAAGUAUGAAUUUUUUAUUAAAAUGGUAAAUUACCGCUUAGGUCCCAGGGGACAGUAGUAAUUGGAACUUUGACUUGUUUGAAAAAAAUCCUGACAAGGAUUCCUCAUAUCAUAUGAAGAAAGAAAGGUCAAACUUUUGCUUUUUGGAUAUAAUAAAAAAGACCCCUUACUGCCUGUGCCUGCCUAUCUAAAAAGAAAAACUGAAAACAGAGGAAGGUGGCGCGGGGGAAUUGAUUGGUUUCCCAUGGCGGCCACCAAAUUGUAUCUAUAAAUUGUCUUCCCCAUUUCCUCAGUCUCUCAAGUUUACUCAUUUGUCAUCAAUCCUUUCCCCAUAGCUAAUCCCGUCAUCUAGAACAACCCGAUUCCUUUUACCUCGUAUUUUCUUUCUACGGAGCAGUAUAACAUAUAAGCAAGAACAAAACCUCCCCUGCAAUCACCUUUGCUGCUAAGAAGAAGAAGAAGAAGAAGUGGAAGCGAUAUCAAAGAAGGAAAUAAAAAAAAAUGUGGAUUUUUGGGUGGAAAGGGCCAUCUGGGUUCUCAGCUCGCUCGACUGCUGAAGAAGUAACCGAAGGAAUUGAUGCAACUGGCCUCACCGCCAUUGUUACAGGAGCUACGAGUGGAAUCGGAGUUGACACAACAAGGGUUUUGGCUCUGCGGGGCGCCCAUGUGGUUAUGGCGGUGAGAAACGUGGAAGCUGGCAAGAAACUCAAGGAAUCCAUCCUAAACGAAAUCCCUAGUGCCAAGAUUGAUGUUAUGCAGUUGGAGCUCAGUUCCAUGGCUUCUGUCAGGAAGUUCGCCUCUGAAUACAUCGCUUCCUGUCUUCCCCUCAACAUUCUCAUUAACAAUGCUGGAAUCAUGGCACCACCUUUCUCGCUAUCUCCCGACGGCAUAGAGUUGCAGUUUGCAACCAACCAUGUUGGACACUUUCUGUUGACACAUCUAUUGCUGGACACGAUGAAGAAGACAGCUCGUGAGAGCAAUCGUGAAGGGAGGAUUGUGAUCGUAUCGUCGGAUGGCCACAAAUUUGCAUACAAUGAAGGCAUUCGACUCGACAAGAUCAACAACGAAGCAGAAUACAACUGCUACCGCGCUUAUGGACAGUCUAAGGUUGCUAACAUCCUCCACGCCAAGGAGCUCGCUAGGCGCCUCAAGGAAGAAGGGGUGAACAUAACUGCUAAUUCGCUUCAUCCUGGUGAGAUCGCGACGAAUCUUGCUCGUAACAAUGGCCUUCUGAAUGCCAUCUCCAACAGCUUUAUCAAGUACCUCCUCAAAACUUCAAGCCAGGGAGCUGCAACUCAGCUAUAUGUGGCUCUGCAUCCGCAAGUGAAAGGGGUGUCAGGGGAAUUCUUCAAGGACAGCAACUUAUCCAAACCGGGAACUGCUCCUGCUCAAGAUGAAGAGUUGGCUAAACAGCUCUGGGAUUUCAGCAUGAAGAUGAUCAAGAAACAGUAGAUCUUUCAUUCAUGUGAUUGUUCGUCGUCGGUGUUCGUUCGAGUUAAUGCAAUUUUACUCUGCUAGUCGGAUUGUGUGCUCUGCUAAGGAAUGUAACGUAUGAGAGUGUAACUUGUGUAAGGUGAUUUUAUUUGCUUGAGGUGUUAUGCGAGUUCAAUAUGAAAGGUAUGUAACAAAGAAGAAAGAGCUUUGAAUAUAUAAGUUGUUUUCAACAAAGUUCAAUUGUUAGUCACCGGCUAAAAGUGAAAAUGGUGUUGCUAGGGUUGCAAUUGAGUCAAAUUUCUCACAUGAGUUUGAGGUUAGGUUCGGAAAAAUCUCAUUUGACAGCUAGCUCGUAGUAGCGUGGGGUAGGGUAUAAAUUACUACGUUCGAC